AUGAACAAAGACGUCAAGGUGGAUCCUGACUCCACUGUGGAGAAGGGUGUUGCACUCGGCGAAACCCACGAUAUAGGUGCCGACUUGUACCUCGAAGCGGAGCAGCUGUCUUCCGAGGAGUUGGAGAGUGAGGGGGCAAAGGUCCUGCGGAUUAUCGACUGGAGAAUCAUGCCCAUGCUUUAUGUGACCUACGUUAUUCAGUUCCUCGAUAAAUUGUCGCUCAAUUAUGCCUCUGCAUAUUCCCUCAUUCCCGACCUCGGCCUCGAGGGGCAGCGGUACUCAUGGGUCGCUGCUAUCUUCAACUUCGGGUACCUUUUCUGGGCUCUUCCAGCCAACCUCUUGAUCCAGCGCUUGCCAAUUGCUAAAUAUAUGGGCGGAAUGCUCCUGAUCUGGAGUGUACUGGUCAUCGCUCACAUCGGCGCAACAAACUAUGGGGGGAUCUUGGUGCUAAGAUUCCUGCUGGGUAUGGCAGAAGCUGGAGUCAGUCCUUGUAUGAUGAAUCUCACAGCCAUGUUUUACAAACGCUCCGAGCAACCUAUACGCAUGGCGAUCUGGCUGAGCGCCAACGGGAUGGCCACUAUGGUCGGCGCCCUUCUCGGCUUCGGUCUGGGCCAUACCCACAAUACCUCUCUCCGCAGCUGGCAGCUUAUAUUUCUAACGAUUGGACUGCUUAAUUUUGUCUGCGCGUGUUUCUUCCUAUGGCUCAUGCCCGACUCUCCCAGCUCUGCACGCUUCUUGACCCAUCGACAGCGCGUUAUAGCCGUCCAACGCGUUGCUGAGAAUAUGAUUGGUGUCAAGACUCGAGAAAUCAAGCCUCGCCAAGCAGUGGAGAACCUUUGGGAUGUCAAAGUCCUCUGCUGUGCUGGAAUCGGUAUUGCCUGCGGUGUGAUCAACGGUGGUGUUUCGAAUUUCGCAUCAGCGCUCAUCAAGGGCUUCGGGUUCGAUGGAAUCUACGCUACACUGCUUCAGCUUCCUACUGGCGCCAUUGAAGCCCUAGUAGUUCCGAUAUGUGGCAUAGUUGCUACAUACAUCAAAGACUCGCGAUGUAUCGUGCUUGCAGUCGUUUGCCUCAUACCCUUUGCCGGUCUGCUAGGAAUCCGCUUUACAGACCUAGACCACCGCUGGACUUUGGUCGGAUGUACUUGGCUGCAAUACAUUAUUGGAGCACCAGUGAUUGUUUCGUGGAAUAUCUUGGCGACUAACGUUGGCGGACACACGAAGCGUGCUGUUGCGAACGGCCUAUGGUUCUCGCUGUACGCGGCUGGGAACGUCGCCGGAGCCAAUAUAUUCUUUACUCGAGAAGCUCCACGCUACUACUCUGCCCUUGCAGGACUUUUGAUCUGCUAUGCCGGAAUUAUUGUCCUAUCUGCUGUGGCGUAUGUGUCUAUGAGAUGGGAGAAUGCAAGAAGAGAUGCGGCAGUUAGAGAGGAUGGUGAACUUGUACCGGAUGAUGUCGCUGCUCAAGCUAUUGUGGAUGGCUUCAAGGAUAUGACAGACAUGGAGUCUAAGCAUUUUAGAUAUGCACUCUGA